UCACGACCUUAACCCGGAUGUAAAGGGCCGCCUGUGAGAAAAUCCGAUCCGGGCGAAGCACUGAUCCUAAAAGGGAAGAGUGAUAGUCGCCAGCCCCGGUCUUGGCGUCUCCUGUCCCUGCUCCGGUGCAGGAAGAGUGAUGCGUCUCCUUUUGAGCGCGACUGACGGACGAGGAGCGGACGCCGCGCGGACAGAGCGAGCGUGCGCCGCCGCCGCUGUGCUGCAUCCAGUCACACAGAUGCCUGGGGGCCUUUGAUCUGGGGUCCGUGUCACUCCGGCGUGGGGGAUCGGCGUCGAGCGAGCGGGGACCGCAGCGGCACAGCGAGGCGGGGCGGCAGGGGGCAGCUUUGCAGGAGGAAGACUGCUGCUGCCCGUGUGUGUUCUGUCUCCCUGCUCUUCUCUCUGGACCAGCGAUUCAGAGGCAUUUUUGUGGUUUUUAAAUUUUUUCCCCUCCCCUGGACAUCGGUGCUCUGGCCGUACACUCCCGCUGUCAAAGCUGGCGAUGUCAAGAGUACCAAGUCCUCCUCCCCCCGCGGAAAUGUCAAGCGGGCCUGUGGCUGAGAGCUGGUGUUACACUCAGAUCAAAGUGGUGAAGUUCUCCUACAUGUGGACCAUCAACAACUUCAGCUUCUGCCGCGAGGAGAUGGGCGAAGUCAUCAAGAGCUCCACCUUCUCUUCGGGAGCCAAUGACAAGCUCAAAUGGUGUCUGCGAGUCAACCCCAAAGGCCUGGACGAGGAGAGCAAAGACUACCUGUCCCUCUACUUGCUCCUGGUCAGCUGUCCCAAGGCGGAGGUCCGUGCCAAAUUCAAGUUCUCCAUCCUCAAUGCCAAGGGGGAGGAGACCAAAGCCAUGGAGAGCCAGAGGGCCUACCGCUUCGUCCAGGGCAAGGACUGGGGCUUCAAGAAGUUCAUUCGCCGGGACUUCCUGCUGGACGAGGCCAACGGACUGCUCCCUGAUGACAAACUCACCCUGUUCUGUGAGGUGAGCGUGGUGCAGGACUCUGUGAACAUCUCGGGUCAGAACACCAUGAACAUGGUGAAGGUGCCGGACUGCCGGCUGGCCGACGAGCUGGGCGGGCUUUGGGAGAACUCGCGCUUCACCGACUGCUCCCUCUGCGUGGCUGGGCAGGAGUUCCAGGCCCACAAGGCCAUCCUGGCAGCGCGCUCCCCCGUGUUCAGCGCCAUGUUCGAGCACGAGAUGGAGGAGAGCAAAAAGAACCGCGUGGAGAUCAACGACGUGGAGCCUGAAGUCUUCAAAGAGAUGAUGUGCUUCAUUUACACGGGCAAGGCGCCCAACCUGGACAAGAUGGCCGACGACCUGCUGGCAGCAGCAGACAAGUAUGCCCUGGAGCGGCUGAAGGUGAUGUGCGAGGACGCCCUGUGCACCAGUCUGUCGGUGGAGAACGCAGCCGAGAUCCUCAUCCUCGCCGACCUGCACAGCGCCGACCAGCUCAAGACUCAGGCCGUCGACUUCAUCAACUAUCACGCGGCGGAGGUGAUGGAGACCUCGGGGUGGAAGUCCAUGGUAGCCUCUCACCCGCACCUGGUGGCCGAGGCCUACCGCUCCCUGGCCUCCGCGCAGUGUCCCUUCCUGGGGCCGCCCCGCAAGCGGCUGAAACAGUCCUAGUGAGCAGUGCCCUCCCCCCCACCCCACCCCCCCUCGUAGCUAAGCUCUCAGCUGCUCCCUCCCCAACCUCCUCCACCUCCAGACACUCUGAUGAGUCCACUGUUAAACAUCUACCCCACCCCCCUAACCCCCCCCCCGCCAACCCCCCCGCCCCCCUCGAAACCCCCUCAGCCAAUACUGCUGUAUCUGUAUCUCAGAAAGCUUGAUGGGAGAGCGAAGAGGGAUGAGACGGGUGACCCGUGAGGCAGGCGGCUGCCGUGCGGCUCGCCCCGUCUGUGAGCCAGAGGCCGCACGCUGUGACCUCGCCACCAGGAGUGAGGCAGCCCAGCAGGCCGAUGGGGGGGGAAAAAAACUCGCCGGACUUUCUCCGCGGGGGAAAGGACUAAUAGCGUUAUUAUUAAAUCCGCAUCCAUUAAAUGGGAAUGGAAGAGAGAGAGAAAAAAAUGAAAUGUCCAGGCACGGUUCGUAAUCUUUAUCCCAUCAUCCCCCUCUCCUGUCUGCGUAGUGACAUCGGAGAAUGCGUUGUGAAAGUCUGCGGGGAACAUUUGAAGAUCAAAAAAAGCAAGGUGAAGGAACAGAUAAGCCCGUUGACACCAAGAUGCCAUCGGCCAUUCCAGAGGCUUCUGCAAAAACUGCAAAUACACAAGAAACAAAAAUGGAGGGAUAUUUAAAAACAAAACAAACAAAAAAAACGGCAACGGAUAACUUUGCACUACUGUAGAUGUCUGUCUGCUCCUGGUCUCAGUUGUACAUGCCCACAAUGACUUUAUAUUGAGAAUUUGAAGAGGAAGAUAUGGGAGUUGACUGGACAUUCCAGCCAGUAGCUGAGCACUGAGGAGACUCAAGAAGAAAAACAUGGACUCUGCUUGGCUUGCUGUUAAAAAAUGCAACUGAGAGAAGAUAUAUAGGAAUAUAAUUACGCAAGCAUACAGUUGGAACAAUGUAAAUUAAUUUUUGUGACAUUUGUAUUUGAAUUUUUCUUUCCUCUUAGUAGCACUUGUGUAUUAAAAUCCUCGGUUUCUGUACAAAAAGAGAAAAGUAACCAAAAGUCAAGUUGCUCAGAUAAUAAACUAAAAAUUGCCAAUAACAAUUCCAAGGUCCAAUCAGGCAUGCGGAUCUUCCUUUUGACCUUUUUUAAUUUCAGAAAAAGGCUGUUAUACUAUAGAUGUUUUUUCUUAACAGUUUGUACAAACCUCAAUGUUUUGAACAUAUUUAAGGAAACUUUUUCAUCCACAAAAUUGAAAAACUAACGACAGUUUUUGGUUUGGGGUAAAAAAAAAACAAUUGAAUGAACACGUUUUAAUGUUCAAAAUAUCCAGAUUAUUUCUUUAAGAAAAAUGCAAAAACCAACAAAAAAUGAAACACCGUCAACUGUUUAUACUCAAAUGCAAUCACCUUCAAUAUUCCAUGUGAAAAAGAAUCCCUUUCUUUCCUUUCCUUUAUAAUAGGUGGUGUUCAUAAGUGACACUUAAAUAGUUGUAACAAUGUUUUGUUCCUAAAGGAAUAAAUUGCAACUAUUUUGUAUUGUA